GAAAAGACAUGAAAAAACAUAUGGAUUUCGUGACUUCGAAUAUGAGUAAAAUAGACAAUGUCACCAUUGCAUUACGUAAUGGUGAAACGAUGCUUAGAAAUAUUCUAUGCAAAGAUUGCAAAGAUGCCGUGAGAAGCAAAAGAAAACAUCUGCAUUCUGGCAAUGUGCCAUCUUACAACAAAAGGACAUUAAAAAUGUUGCCACCAGAACGCUUACAGAUUGUGAAAGAUAUAACCAAUAUGUUAAUUCAACUCGAACGUUCCCAACCGGAGAAUGAAGGAGAGGAAUUUUGUACACAUGAGGAAUACUACGAACAAGAAAUAAUGGAGACGAAACAAAUGUACCAAGAGGAACUGGAUCAGGUAAAAUCUGAUAUGAAAUUAAUGGAAAAUAAGUACAAAAAAGAAAUUGAAGACAAACAAACUGAAAAGAAAAAACUAACUUCUGAUAUGGAAGAAAUGAAAAACAGGAAUGAUCAUUUGUCAAGAAAACUCAAAACAUUUGAAAAAAAUGAAAGCGAAUUACGCUCUCUGGGAGAUGAACAUAAACGUUUAAAGAACCAACUGGAUUCAUGUCAACUCGAAAACAAAAAACUGCGAAGAGAUGAUGAAAGGAAGGGCGAAGAACUCAAACGUUAUCGUUCAACAUCAUCAGGAUAUCGUACAAGAUCAACUGUUUUUGAUAACAGAGAUGAGGAAAUCAAGUGUUUAAAGGAUGGACUGUUUUCAAAAUCUGAAGAAUUACAAGGAAUGAAUACACAAAUUGAGAACUUGAAAUUUGUGUGCAAAGAACAGCUGCAAAAGUUUGAAAACCUCAAAGAUAUCAACGAUAAAAUGCAAAAAGAAAUCAGCUCUUUAAAGAUUGAACUUGUUUCGAAAAAUGAAGAGCUACAAAAAGUUUACGUUCAUGUUGAUGACUUGAAAUUGGAACGCAUAGAAAAAAUGCGAGACAUUGCAAAUCUCAAAGAUAACGUUGAGAUAUCGCAAAAAGAAAACAAUGCCUUAAAUGCCGAACUUUGUGAGUCACCGUACUUGAAACAUUUACUAAAUAAAUUUGUUAAAUUCUGUCUUUAA